AUGGACCUGAAGGGAACAAGUCCCCAUGAGACAAGGAAAUUUGAGUUUUCAAGCUUGAAUAUGGCUUAUGAGUUCUAUAAUUGGUAUGCUAGAAUGAAUGGGUUUGCGGUCCGCAAGAGCAAGAUGAUUAAAAGCAAUAAAGGGGAAAUAUUACAGCAAACCUUUGUCUGCCACAGACAAGGGUUUAGGGAGAAUAAAGGUUUAACAAUAGAAAACCGGAAGCGUGAGUGUAAACCCGAGACUCGGUGUGGAUGUGAAGCAAAAUUUUGGGUGCAUAUAGAUAUGUUCUCACAACGUUGGUUGAUAACUGUUUUUACCGAUCAACACAACCAUGAGCUUUUAGAUGAAGAGUACCAUGGAAUGCUUGCUGCACAUCGAAAAAUGAAAGAGUCGGAUAUAAUGCAGAUGAACGACAUGUUGAAGGUUGGGAUAGGGCCGUCUCAAUUCUAUAGUUCUUUGGCAAACCAAUCAGGAGGGUAUGAAAAGAUAGGGUUUCGAAAGAAGGAUAUAUAUAAUCAGAUAGGAAAGGAACGCCUUUUGAAACGGUGUGAUGGUAAAAAUGCUUUACAAUAUCUUCAUGGGCUGGCAUCAAAUGACUCGUUGAUGUUUUAUCGCCACACCGUUGACGGAGAAGGUAGGCUUGAACACCUGUUUUGGUGCGACGGUAUUAGCCAAAUGGAUUAUGGUGUCUAUGGUGAUGUGUUGGCAUUUGAUGCAACAUAUGGAACGAACAAAUAUCAUUGUCCCUUAGUGGUGUUUUCUGGCGUUAAUAACCAUAAUCAUAAUGUUAUAUUUGCUGGUGUUGUUGUUGCAAAUGAAAAGGAAGAAACUUAUGUGUGGGUUCUUGAACAAUUUUUGGAAGCAAUGUCAGGCAAGUCGCCUAUAUCUGUCAUUACUGAUGGAGAUCUUGCAAUGAAGAAUGCUAUUAAAAAGGUGUUUCCAAAUGCUUAUCAUAGAUUGUGUGCUUGGCAUCUAAUUCGCAAUUAA